AAGUGUCAAAUCAUAAUAAUAAUACAGAUUUAUAACUUAUUUAGAAAAGUUUACUGCAAUGAUUUUAAUGACUGUAACUUAAACUAUAUUGUUUUAUGACGUGCAGAAAAGUGAUGACUAAGACCUAGUUCUACUGAGAAGAGUUUAAAUUACCUAACCUUAUAAUGAAGGCUAUAGCCGUGUCAGUGUGGAUUUUCAUAAAUUUGGUUUUCUUUGGUAUGUGUGGAUACAUCUAUCUAUUAUGGUCCCAAUAUUGGCAUUACAUAUCAAGACACCAAAGAACAGAAACGUAUGUUAAGAAAGUUGACAAUAGACCCAUAGUGGAUUACUUUCAGGAUACUAUUCCCCUUGAUGAAAGGAUUGAGCACUUGCCACAAGAGUUGGAUUGGGUUCACCAAAAGACAACUCCUUUAAUUGUUAGAAAAAAGAGCAAGCCAAGAUUCACAAAGGUCCAUUUUACGGAUCCUCCGUCAGUAGCUCUUCCUUGUGGUCCUGAGUGUAACAGCGGCAACAAACUUACAGCAUUCAAGAACCAGUUGGUCGUUCGUCUGAGAAGAGUGUUGCAUGAGGAAAGCAACGUUUUCAAGUCUAGAGCGGACAAUCCUUAUAAUGUAAACUACAAUGUACAACGCGGACCAUCAUCUGGGGUGUCUCCUCAGAAAUUGAUCUGUGACCUGUAUAGAACUCUACCAGAAAUCCAUACUGUCAGGGGUAAAGGAAAGCCAUUCGAAGGCACAGAUCUUGGAAGAGCCAUUCCUAGCACACCUUUGUUUGGGGAGAAUGAAAGAUACAACAACUGUGCCAUAGUCACCAAUGCUGCAUCUUUCCUAGGUUCUAACUUGGGGCCAUUGAUUGACAGUCAUGACUUUGUACUGAGGUUCAACCAUGCGCCUACAGAGGGUUACGAGGCAGAUGUCGGGUCUAAAACUUCCCUACGAAUGCUCAAUUCCCAGGUUGUUUCCAAGCCACACUUUAAUUUCCUCAAGUCCAAGAUGUACCAAGGGGUGAGACUGCUUGCUUGGGACCCUUCAAACUAUACCUCCACACUACAACAGUGGAGACGAAAGCCGGACUUUGACGUGUUCACACCAUAUCUACACCAUCGCCACCUGUAUCCCGACACUCCCUUGUACUUGGUCGACCCUCGGGAUUUGUGGCAUCUCUGGGACUUCCUGCAGGCUAGAACUCCGGCUCGGAUUCGCCGGAAUCCUCCUUCAUCCGGCUUCUUAGGUUUGGCACUGCUGCUACCCCAUUGCGCCUAUGUAAAUCUAUUUGAGUAUGUGCCUUCUAUGCGAUUGACCAAACGUUGCCACUACUUCGAUGACGAUGAGGAUGCGUCAUGUACUUUUGGUGUUUGGCACCCCCUCGCAGCUGAGAAACUCUUAGCGCUCAACUUUAAUACUGCGGCAGACAAAACAGUGUUUAAGACUGGCUACAUUACUGUACCUGGCUACCAGACUCUCGGCUGCUGAAUCGACUAAUUUAUUGGAACAAGUAUCAUUUUCGAGGAUAGAUUCCUAACUUUCAAAUAUACCUGUAGAUGUGAAGCUGUCCAAGUGGUUAGUAGUUUUGAUAUAAGCCACAGCGAAGUAAGGUACAGAGGAAACUUGCUUAUGGGAUGACUGUGCGUUUUCAGCUCUGGUGUGUUUGCCAGAGAUAUACUUGUGACGAACAAGAAUGUGCAGAAAUUCCUUUCGCUCAGGGCAUAGGGUCUACCUCUACUGUGAGCAUUGUAGUAGGCCUACAUGAGGGCGAGUGGAGCAGUGUUGGACUUUUCAUGGACACCAUUUUAAGUGUACCAUUGAAUGUUUCCUAUGUAUUUAUUAUUUAAGCGCAACAACUAUGGGAUUGGUUCUAAGAGUUGGUUAUGUCUUGAAGUGUUAAAUGAGUUUCUGUGGGAUGUUUGAAGAUUGAAGUGCCACUCGUUGCACAAAUAACUAAUGUUUUUAACUAAAAUUUUUUUACCAGGUCUUAGACACUCCUAUUUAAAUGUAUUUAAGUCAGAUUGAAGUAUACUUUUUCUGUACUACUUUAUUCUUCGUUACUCUUGCUUAAUUGGAAAAAACAACUGGGGGAAUAUUUAAUGAUUAUUGUUGGCUAGUGUAAGGUAUGAAGUAAUAAUAUUGCAUGUGAGUAAAACAAAUAAAAUUUGUCUCAAUGCUAUUCUUAUUUUAAAUUCAUAUUUUUACUUUUUUUAUAAAUCAAGUGUUCUAAAGGAGUGAUUUUGUUCUUGACAAGUAUUUGUAUACAACUAGGCAAUGACUUAAUUUACAUAUUAUUUUACAGAUUUGCUAAAAAAAUGUACCUGUUUUUAAAUUUCUUUCUCUAGAAAUCGAACAAAUGCUGUGUUCAAAAUUUUGUAUUUAUAUACACUACAUCUCUCAGAUAUAAUUCUAGUCAUUCGAUAAUAUGUCUAGGGUAGUUUUGACUGUAGUUGAUUAAAGUAAAAAAAAUCGUUUAGCUGUUGGAUCAAUCUGAAAAUUAUUAGUCCAUAUUUUUAAUGUAAGUGUGUUUUUGUGGUGUUUUCAUUGUUUUUUUUUAUGAAGGAAAGUUUCAUAUUCUGGUAUGGUUUUAUUGUUUCAUAAGGAUGUAUUGCACGACGUCCAAGUGUCAAGACAUCCAAUGAUAUAAGUCAGUGUCACAACGUCCAAAAUAUAAUUCUUGAGCUAUCUCAUGACGUCCUAUUUAAAAUAUUAGACUGUUUCUCGACGUCCAAAUCUCAUCAUGUUUUAAAGUACAGUAACUGCAAUAAACAUAGUCUAAACAUCUUUGCCACCAAGACUGAUAUUCGAAUAUAUAAUAGGUUACGUACCUUGGUCCGUCUUCAGUCUUAUUUUAGUCUAUGGAUGACUAGU